AUGGUGGUCGAAACGCGACGAGGUAAGAGGAAGGAGAAUCCAACGGAGGAAGAGGCUCCGAGAGUGAAGUUUGCAAAGACGGGCUCCAGAGAAAAUGUGGAGAAGACAACGACGGAGGAGAGUGAAACGAGGGCGGUCGAGGUUGUUGAAUCGACGGCAAAGACGACGGAUGUCUCGAUGGAGAAGACGAAGACGACGGAUGUCUCGAUGGAGAAGACGAGAAAGGACUCGACUGAGAAUACGGCGGAGAUGACGGAGCCGUUUAAUGUGGUUGCAGAUGCUGCUCCGACGACACUGAACAAAGGUCCUGGAGAUGAAGAGAAUGAGGAAACCGCUUCUGGAGAUGAAGAGAAUGUGGAAACCGCUUCUGGAGAUGAAGAGAAUGAGGAAACCGCUUCUGGAGAUGAAGUGAAUGAGAAAACCGCUUCUGGAGAUGAAGUGAAUGAGGGUUCUGAAGAAGUACAAGAAAAACCAGAUGGAGAGAAGGAGAGUUCUAACGAGGACCAUGAAUAUUAUGAAGAAGAACCUUCAGAUGGAGAGAACGAAGUGAAUGCACGUUCGGAAGAAGAACAAGCAAAUGGAGAAGGAAUAAAGGAAGCAAACGAGAAUGGGAAUCCACCUGAACCUUAG